UGCGGCGUGCCGGGAGCGGGCUGGAUGUGGGCCGACUGGAGCCUCCUGCUGCCGAAGCUGCUGCCGGACUCGGACUGCGCCGCUUCCUCUGGGUCCCGGUCCUGACGAGGGUCAUGGGGAACCACGGCUCCAACCUGGACGAGAUCCUGGCCGAGGACAUGCACCACUGGUACAACAUGUUCAUGAGGGAGUCUCCGUCGGGCCUCAUCACGCUCUUCGAGCUCAAAGCCAUCCUCAACCUGAAGGGCAUGAACGAGAACGCCAGCAGCUACGUGGACCAGGUCUUCUUCACGUUCGACAUGGACGGGGACGGAUACAUCGACUUCGUGGAGUACAUCGCCGCCAUCAGCCUGCUGCUGAAGGGGGAAAUCAACCAGAAACUCAAGUGGUACUUUAAACUGUUCGACCAGGACGGCAACGGCAAGAUCGACAAGGACGAGCUGGAGACCAUCUUCUCGGCGAUCCAGGAUAUCACACGAAACAGGGACAUCGACCCUGAGGAGAUCGUGUCGCUCAUUUUCGAGAGGAUCGACGUGAAAGGAGAAGGUGAGAUGACUCUGGAGGAGUUCAUCGAGGGCGCCAAAGACCACGAGGACAUCAUGGAGAUCCUGAGGAACCUGAUGGACCUGACGCCCGUCCUAGUGAUCAUCGUGGAGGGCCGGGCGGCGUGAGAGGCGGUGGGGGGGCCUCAGAGACUGAUGG